AUGCCGCCGCAUCCACAUCUACUAUUCGGGGUGACGCCUCUCUCUCUCUUGCAGCAGCGACUACAGCGAGGGCCAUGUGGCGGCAGCGCUAGUUCGUGGCUGCUCCGGCUGCUGCUGCAGCAGCGACGGUGCUUGGCCACUUGCGGCAUGCAACUUUCGCGCUCUUCGCCGUCGCCGUCGCCGUCGCCGUCGUCAUCUCUCUUAUCCACCGCAAUGCAGGCGAAGGAUGUUGUGACGCGCCUUGGUCCGAGCGAGCGCCUCCCUGGGCUGCGCGGCGUGUUUCUCAGAAAGCCGAUAAAGAAGUUUCACCCCAUCGAGAUACUGCCCACCGCUGCUUUCGCCGCUGCGACCGCCACGACUGCCGCCACAGCUGACAGUAGCGCAGAUCGGCCGGACGCUCCUCGUAACCCAACAUCCGCCAUCGUCACACAGGGCCCACCGCUCGUGCUGAACUUGGCCUUUGCUCCUCGACACAGCAUCUCGCUGCGCCGCUUUCUGGCCCUUCGGCACAUGUUCAGCACAUCUGCCUACCUGCACGUGGCGACGGAGGAUGGCUGGUACUUGGUUGCACCGAGCUCCGCGGCACCGCUCUGCCCCGACGUCACUGGCUUGCAGGCGUGGUGCUGUCGCCAUCAUCACCGAUACCUCCAGCAUGCCACCACCGCUGUCACGGCGGCCACAUCGUUGCCCACGCCAUUGCCGCGGGCGGCCCUCUGCAGCACACAUACAGAGUUAGCCAAGCUGGAGGCAGCGCUGGACAACGGCGAGGAGCUCAGCGAGGAGCAGCUGCAGAAGCUGGCGGCGCAGGAGAAGGCGUCCUUUGCGCACCCGCCAGAAAGCGAGGAGGCAGAUAUGGAUGACGACACCGAUGAGGCCGACGACAUGCCUGCUGUACAUAAACUGCGCCGCCCAGUUAGUCAGAAGACCGUCGCACCCACAGCGGAAACCCUCCGGGAGCGCUCUGCUGGUGCUCCAGCAUCCGCUUUUGGACUCUCACCGCCGGGGUUGAAGACAUCACCGCCGCUCAUCUCCGAGGCACACCUCUUCGACAUCAACGACGGCGUCGCGUGGCCACUGCCGCCGCCUGACGACUUGGCGAACCACGAGUACUGGAAGGGCCAUCGCCAGCGCAUGGCGCUCUACGAGAGCACCGGCGACGCGGACGCGGACGCGCAGCGUGAAGCGCUCCUGGCGACUCUCCGCGCCGACCCGGAGAUAGCGCGGCAACUGUCUUCUGAGCAGGAGCUAUACGCCGCCGCCGAGGCGCUUUUUCAGGCGAUGAAGCACAAGGCCAACGUGACUCUGAACGUAGACGCCGACACCGGCCUUCUCACGCUAGUUCCGCUGCGAGAUCUGCACGCUGGCGAAGAGCUCCUCCUUCACUACGGCCGCGAGUGGUGGACUGAACGACUGCUCUUCUCGCUGCUCUUGUCCGUCCCAGACGCCGAGAUGCCGCAGAUCCGGUGGAUCGAGCGGUUGUUCGACCACGCCGUAGACAGGAAUAAGCCCUUCCCGCUGCUCAUGGUGGCACACGAGCAGCGCAAGCGGCCUCGGCUAGGUUGUUCAGGGGGCAAAACGGUUUGCAAGGGCCUCAAGAGCGAGUCCAGCGCCGACGGCGACGAGCGGCAGCCGCAGUCAACACCGUGUGCGUCGCUGACGAAGCCUCACGGUGACUCUGCUGACACAUCCUCCACCGCCGCAAUGACGGCAGAGCUGCCCGUGUCUCAGCGCAAGCUGGAUCGUGCCGUUCUAUACAAUACCGUCACACGCAAGAGAGCGACCGACACCGCCGUGCUCGCCUUCGCGGUUCGGCGGAGCUGCAUGGAGCAGGGCUUCCUGAGUCGACUUCUGGUCGGCGAUGCGGCGACCGGGAUCGAACCGGUGUUUCACCUCUCCGAGCCAGACAGAGAGGUGCCCAUGCGAGUUCUGCGGCGCGUACUGCUGGCGUCUCUUCGUGGCACGACGGCGAGCGCACAGGGAAGCGUUCGACAUAAGGGCGAGAGCGCACUUGCUGCGGCGGGUUCGGCCGUCACGGAUACCGCCGCUGCUGUCGUCGACCAGGACGCACCACCACACACAAGUGCUAACGCCGGCGCUGACGGUGAUGAUGGGGACGACGCUGUCUUCAGUAUCUAG